AUGACGGAGAGGAGAGAGAGUGAAUCGCCGGCCGCUAAUCUUUGCUUCACUCACCCGUUGUAUCUUCAUCCGUCAGAUACGCAGGGUGCGGCUAUUAUUCCUCAGAUUCUUGUUGGGAGUGAAAACUAUAAUGUUUGGAGCUGGGCGAUGCAGAUUGCACUUAGAGGCAAGCAGAAAUUGGGGUUUAUAGAUGGAACCUGCCUCAAAGAAUCGCAAGAUCCGGCGCUUCAAGACCAGUGGGAAAGAUGUAACGCUGUAGUACUCUCCUGGAUCUUGAAUUCAAUCUCCAAGGAGCUGGCCAACGGAGUCGUCUUUUAUCAGAACGCUCAUCUCGUUUGGACCGAUCUUAAGGAAAGGUAUGAUAAGGUCACUGGAUCAAGAAUCUUUUCUAUCUACCGAGAAAUUAAUUCCCUGUAA